AUGGAAAAUAUGCUCCUCGGGCUGUACUGCUGCGACUCGCAGCUAUGUGGCGUUGACAAUAUUGGACUGCCUGGUUUUGACCCCAACGUCGACUUUUUAAUCAACGUUUGCUCAAGUCUAGGAUUUGAACCGAUUAGGGACCCUGGGCCACCACCAGCAACGCAUCUCUUCGUCUUCGCAAAGGACCUCCUCCUCCAUUACGUCUUCGCCGACAACGGACAGUGCAAGUCUGACAACCACGGACAGUUCAGCUUCGACGACGGAGAGAACCACAACUUCGACGUCAGAGGGGAGUAUAACUUCGACGACAACCCAGAGUUCAACAUCGGCUACAGAUUCCUCGGGCAGCACAACAGCUACAAGUACUGUCAUGACGAGUAUCAGUGGAACUGCAGCCGCACCACCCCGAAUAUCCUCUCUGGAGGAUCCGCGGCUAACGGAGAACAUCUCCGGACCCAGAGACGAUGCCCCAGGCGGGUUAUCGACAACGGCAAAGAUAAUCAUUGCUGCGGCCGUCGGCGGCGCGAUACUGGUGGCAAUUAUUGCUGUCCUCUGGCACUGCCGAUAUCGCAGAAAGAGCAGAGAGCCAGAACCGUCCAUGGAGAGAGAACCAAGCCUGAUCCUAGUGCCGUCAAUUUCUCCCACUUCUCCGUUCGCGUCUCCAUCCCCAUCUUAUCUGGGGCAUGA